AUGAGCGGCAUCUUUCCAGGCAAUAGUAGUCUAAUCCAGCAGCUCGACAAGCAAGUGCUAAUGGUCUUACGCGAUGGCCGUCACCUUGUUGGGUAUUUACGAAGCUUUGAUCAGUAUUCAAACAUUAUACUUGAAGACACAUAUGAACGUCACGUAGCCGAUGGAUUGUUCUGUGACAUUGAACUAGGUCUCAACAUUAUCCGUGGUGACAAUAUUGUUCUUCUUGGUGAACUGGACAGUAAAAAAGAACGUGAUCAACCACACAUGAAACGCGUAGAAUUGGAACAGGUGUUGGAAGCUGGCGAGCAACUGAAUGAAAAAGGCAACACUAGUGUCCGUCAGCAAUGGGACUUUGACGAACAGCACUAA